UUCAAAAUGGCCACCUUCGAGUCUCAGCCAACAAGGGAAGGGCCUGAAAUGGAAGAUGCAGAUAAUUCUGAAAAGAGCAUAAAUGAAGAAAAUGGAGAACUAUUAGAGGAGGACCAAUCUCUAAACAAGCACCCUGGACACCAAAAAAAGAAGCACAAACAUAGAAACAAAUACAAGAAACAUAAACAUUCUUCAGAAGAUGACAACGACAAAAAACAUAAACAUAAGCAACCUAAACGAAAAGACAUUAUUGAUGCCUCUUACAAAGAAGGGGCACCUCCAGCAAAAAGAUCUAAAAAUUAUGACUUAGCUUUGCUGGAAGAUUUGGAGCAACUGAGAGCUUUGAUUAAAGCCGAACUUGAUAAUGAGUUGAUGGAAGAAAAAGUGCAAUCUGGAAUGGGGCUAAUAUUACCCGGUUACCAGUCAGGUUCCGAAGAAGAGGGAGAAAAACAUGAGAAGGCAAGAAAUGGGAAUAGAUCAACUGCUAGGUCAUCAAACACUAAGGGAAAACUUGAACUCGUAGACAAAAAUAGUUCAAAAAAACAAAGCAAAAGCAGAUCAAAAGAACUGUCUAGACAUAGAUCUGAUGAAAAGAAAAGCAAGGGAAGCAUUGAAAGAGUUAAAGAAAAGACAACCAGAAGUAAAUCUAAGGAAAGAAAAAAGUCCAAGAGUCCAUCUAAAAGAAGCAAAUCUCAAGCUCAAGCAAGAAAAUCAAAAUCUCCCACACUUAAAAGGCAAUCUCAGAAGAAAAUUAGAAAGGCCAAAUCCCCUACUGAGGGUAAGAUUAAAUUAGAAGAUAAAAAUAAAUCAAAAGAUAGAAAGAAAUCUCCAAUUAGAAAUGAAAGCAAAAGCCAUGAUUGUGGGAAAAAAUCCAAACCUCCAAUAAAACUAAGAAGCAGAUCCAAAGAUAGAAAAUCCAAAAGAUCUGAGAUUGACAAAGAAAAGAAACCAAUUAAAGCUCCCUCUAAAGAUGCUUCUUCUGGGAAAGAAAAUAGGUCACCAAGUAGAAGACCAGAUUGUAUUCCUAAAGGAAAAAGUUUAUCUCCAAAACAGCGGGAUAAAUCAAGGAGUAGGUCCCCUCUAUUUAAUGAUCAGAGAUCCAAGCAAAGUAAAUCACCAUCUCAGACUCUGUCUCCUGGUACAAGAGCUAAGAGUCAAUCAGUGGAAAGAAAACAAAGAGAACCAAAAAGGAGAUUUUCUUCUCCAAGAACACAUCCUAGAGAUGAUAUUUUUAGCAGACAUAAGAGAUCAAAAUAUGCCAGUCCUAUUAGCAGAUGGUCCCCAACCAGAAAAAGACCAAGUAGGUCUCCUAUCCGCAGGAGAUCUCAAUCACCACUCAGGAGAAGCCAGUCUCCAAGGAGGAGAAGCAGGUCCCCAAGAAGAAGAGAUAGAGGUAGGCGGAGUAGAUCUCAACUUCCUAGGUGGUCUCGAUCAAGGAGUGGUCAUAGGCGCAGAAGCAAAGUAAUGGAAGAUAAAUUUAAAGGAACCCUUUCUGAAGGAAUGAAAGUUGAACAAGAAUCAUCAUCUGAUGAUAACCUAGAAGACUUUGAUGUUGAAGAAGAAGAAGAUGAAGAAGCCCUAAUAGAGCAGAGAAGAAUCCAAAGACAGGCAAUUGUUCAGAAAUAUAAAUACCUUGCUGAGGUUACUAAUAUGUCUAAGCCACCUGAGCAAAGCAGCCCUCAGAGUUGCACUCGAACACGUUCACCCUCUCCUGAUGACAUUUUAGAACGGGUUCCUGCUGAUGUUAAAGAAUAUGAAAGGGAAAAUGUUGAUACAUUUGAGGUUUCUGUAAAAGCCAAGCACAAUCUUAUCACAGUUGAACAAAAUAAUGGUUCAACUCAGAAGAAACUAUUGGCUCCUGACAUGUUCAAUGACUCAGAUGCUAUGUUUGCUGCAUAUUUUGAUGGUGCUCGUCUUCCGGCUGCAGGCACUGGAAAAGAUUUCAAAGAGAAUCCCAACCUCAGGGAUAAUUGGACUGAUGCAGAAGGCUAUUACUGUGUUAACAUAGGUGAAGUCCUAGACAAACGGUACAAUGUGUAUGGCUAUACUGGACAAGGUGUCUUCAGUAAUGUAGUGAGAGCCAGAGAUAUGGCAAGAGCAAACCAGGAAGUGGCAGUGAAAAUCAUCAGGAACAAUGAGUUUAUGCAAAAAACAGGUUUAAAAGAACUGGAAUUUUUGAAAAAGCUUAAUGUUGCUGAUCCUGAUGACAAAUUUCAUUGUUUGCGGCUCUUCCAACACUUUUACCAUAAACAACAUCUCUGUCUUGUGUUUGAGCCUCUAAGUAUGAAUUUACGAGAGGUACUGAAAAGGUAUGGAAAGGAUGUUGGUCUCCACAUUAAGGCUGUAAGAUCCUAUAGUCAGCAGUUGUUCUUGGCAUUGAAACUCCUUAAAAGGUGCAAUAUCCUACAUGCUGAUAUCAAGCCAGACAAUAUCUUGGUUAAUGAAUCAAAAACUAUUCUAAAGCUUUGUGACUUUGGAUCAGCUUCACAUGUUGCAGAUAAUGACAUUACACCCUAUCUCAUCAGUAGAUUUUAUCGUGCUCCUGAAAUUAUUAUAGGAAAAAGCUAUGACUAUGGUAUAGAUAUGUGGUCUGUAGGCUGCACACUAUAUGAACUUUAUACUGGAAAAAUAUUAUUUCCUGGUAAAACCAAUAAUCAUAUGUUGAAACUUGUUAUGGACCUCAAAGGGAAAAUGCCAAAUAAGAUGAUAAGAAAAGGUGUGUUCAAAGAUCAACACUUUGAUCAGAAUCUCAACUUUAUGUACAAGGAAGUAGAUAAACUAACAGAAAGGGAGAAAGUUACUGUCAUGAGCACCAUUAAUCCUACCAAGGACCUCUUGGCUGAUUUGAUUGGGUGCCAGAGACUUCCUCAAGACCAACACAAAAAAGUAUACCAGCUAAAGGACUUGUUGGACCAGAUCUUAAUGUUGGAUCCAGCUAAACGAAUUACCAUCAACCAGGCUCUACAGCAUGCCUUCAUCCAGGAAAAAAUUUAA